CCUGAAAGUACGCCUGCCAUCAUUUAUAUGAACGUACUUAACACGUAUGCUAGGUAUGCCAACGCGUUGACCUCUCGCGCAAUUAGCCUAUGCUUCACAUAUACGUAUCAUAGCCGAGCAAUGGUAAAAACACAUGCAACAGACAUUGUUGAAUGGAGCACCUAACUGUAUAAGCUGAAUUAUAGGAAUAUUCUUAACUACUUUAGCUACCAUGAGUUGGCGCCAACCGGGGCUGCGCUGUUGGAAGACGUUCACACGCCAGCAAAAGCGCAACUGUUGGAACUCCGGCAACCUGACGGUCAGGAGGUACCUCCGUGCCCUCGCCUACAUCUUCAAUGUACACACCCUGCUCCUCAUGGCAGCAGCAUGCAUAUCCGUGUGGGCCUGUUACACAUACAACUUCAGGUACAACAUGGACUUCACGCUUGUGGCGACUGGGACCACCUUCCCCCUGGUGUUCACCAUCCAGCAGGCCUUCGCUCGGCGUGAGCGAGCGACAGUCCUUGUUGCGAACAUGAAGGCGUCGAUGGUGGCCCUAUACUACAUGCACAGAGAUUGGGACCAGAGCGAGAACUUCCCCUCCUCGCUGGGCAACAACAACCUUGUUUGGGCGCGGAAGGUUAAGGCGGUCCUUGAGGAGCUCUGCGGCAGCUGCUCCAGGUACCUGACCGCGCAGGACCGGUACGAGUCCAUCGCUGAGCGGCGGCUGGUGGCCAAGAAGAACGACGAGCUGUACGAGCUCUUCCUGCACCGCCUGGACGUGGAGGAGCGCGGCACGCCGCACUUCAGCCGCCGGGUGCACCGCGCGGAGCGGCAGGACCCGGGGCACGUGCACCUGCUGGACUGCUAUCGCGCGCUGUCGCUGCUGAGCGUGCUGAAUGAGCAGCUGACGCUCAAGGCGGGCUACACCAGGGGAGGCGAGGGUGGCAUGUCCCGCACAAACCAGUACCUCCGAUACAUCAUUAGCAACCUAGAAGAGCUGCGCAUGAUUCGGGAGUACAGGACGCCAUACAUGAUGCGGACGGCGUGCGGCAUCCUGCUGCACAUCUUUGCGAUCAUUCUGGCCCCGUAUUUUGCGCACUUCUGCGACUCGUGGAUCUCCCUGGGGAACCGGGAGAAGACCUGCCCUGCUGGCUACGCGGGGGCGAUCGUGUACGUCAUGAUUGUCAUGCUGCUGUACCACACGCAAGUGGACAUUGAGAUGCCGUUCGACGAGAAGGGCCUGGACGAUGUAUUCUUCAUGAACUCUGCGGAGCUGGACGAGUCCAUGGGCAUGCACGCCGUGCUGUCCGGCCGCUCCUCAGCCGACCUAGACAGCCUAGCGGGCUCCUCGCCGCGCGAGCUCAGCAGGGCUGGCGGCUUCGACCUGCCGCACAUGCUGCGCUCGCCGCACCUGCACGGCCACCACCACACGUUGUCGUCCAAGGACUUGCAGAGCAACAAGCCGCUGCGGACCAUUCCCUCGGACCAUGAGCUUAGCACGGAGGAGCAGUCGGAGGAGGCCAGGGAGUGUGCGGAGCCGCUAGGACGCGUGUACAUUGUGGGUGGCUCUCCGCCCACUGCGGGGGCGACGUUACAG